AAUUAAAUGAACUUCCUAUGUUAUUUCUGCAAUUUCUUUUUAAACAUUAUGUUAAACUAGCAUAAAAUAUUUUACAAACAUCAAUAUAGUUAAAUAAGCAUUCUUUUAUUUUGAAAUAAUUAAAAGUUAAGUUUAAGAAUGUGUGUAUUCAACUUCAAAAAAAAUUCCUAUAAAGAGUUCUUCUAACUACUACCACCACACUAUUGCUGCUUUGUUAUGCGCAUUGUGUUUAUUUUUGUUUUCUUUUAUAGUGGGCAUCAUAGAUUACUCUCGGCAAGGUGCAAGGGUGUCUUGUAAAACAGUGAAACAAUCCACUGGACUGGCAAAAAGUGAAGUUAUUAAAAUUAAGUUUGCACCUGCAUAUUUUUUCGAAUUUAUUAUUAAAUUACCUAAAUCCAAAGGUCUUAUACAUUUGUUAUAAAUCAUUUGCAUGUCAUACUGUGAACAAAGCGAAGAAUAGAAGCUGAAAUCAAGUGCAAAAUGUUCAAAGCCAUUUUAUGAGAAUAUUGAAAAGAAACUAUUAAACACUGCAAUGAGUGGAUCCAAAACCGAUGCACUGCCCAAAAGAGGCCACGUCAAUGAAGUUUGUAAAGAAUGGCUUGUCCGAGAAGAUGGGGCUUUAGCGUACAAACUGCAGUCUCAAGAAAUCAAUGAUUUCUAUCAAGGGAAUAGAUAUCGUAAUGAAGUUGUGCGUACGGAUUUUCCACAAGCACUUGAAGAACAAAUCAAAGAGAAGGAAAAUGCUGAAAAGCAAAAAGAAUGUUAUAAAAAAUAUUUAUCGGAACAAGAAGAACACGACAAACGCGUGGCUAUGGAAAUAUCUGAAAAAUUAGAGAAAGAUAUUCUUGAACAACAACAACGUGAGUUAGAAGAAAGUGAAGAGAUGGCUGAUAAGCUGCAAAGCAUCUAUGUAAAUCUACCCCCACCUGUAACGUUGGACUUUUCCAUAAGUUCAUUAAACGAGAAUCCGAUCAUAUCACCAGUCAGCAGUCGUGAUUUAUCAAAAGUUCACCAUUCACAAGAAGUUGGCAUUCCUUUGACUUUAAAUUCACCAAACAUCCAUCCAGAAGAUUUCCAUCUAUCAGUGGAUCAUCAGCAGAGGAAUCAUAGAUCGAAAUUUGAUCAUGAUUAUAUACACGAUAUGCCUGAUGCAUCUAUGAAUACACAUAUGAGUCGUGUCAAACACAAUUCAAAACAUUCAUUACCAGUUGAUUCUAUUACUCCAUAUACAGAGGUUUCGGAGCCGACAAAUUCAUUUAUUCCUGAUUUAAUUAAAAAGAAAACUCCUCACAGCCAUUUAUCUAAACAAAAACGUUCAGAUAUCGCUGGUGAUACGAAAACAAGAUCUGAUUUCAAUUUUCAGAACAAUAACUGCGAUCAAUUUCUAGAAAGCAAUUCUCGUAGUAGAAAUCAACAUAGUCAACUGCUUGCCAAUGACAUUGAACUAUAUGUUGAUCCCAAUCUGCAGGAAUUAGGUCUGCCCAUGGAGGAAAUUAAGGAAAUCAAUAAGAAAAUAAAACAAGAAAGAAAGGACGAGGAAUUGGCUAGAAAACUGCAAGAAAUGGAAAAGCUGAAUGGUAUGACCCUAGAAGAUCGUGAUCGUCUCCUGGCUAUCGAAGCACAAGAUAAGGAACUUGCAAAGAUGUUACAAGAAAGAGAGAAAGCCAAAGCUAAAAGAGCAAAAGAAAAAGCUCGUCUUCGUAAACACCAAAAUCAAAAAGAAAUUAGUCUUCACACUGGUCCUCUUUUACCACUGCCACAAGAGUCUCAAGUAUCGACAUUAUGCUCUAAGCCCGAAGAAAUAGACUCCAUUGAUCUAGAGGCUUAUUCAAACCCAAAAGAUUUAAUUUCACACCAAAGAAUUCAGAAUGAAUGCUUCGGAGGAAAUAGCAUCAAUUCAACGGCAGAAACUAUCGAUAACAUAAAAGAUGAUGAUAUCUACACUUUGCCUAUUGACAGCUGUAGUUCUGCGGACACGGUUUUACAUAUACAAACUUCUGUGAGUGGGCAAAGUCAUGCAUUAAUAAGACAAGACAAAUAUUCUCCCCCCGAGAUGCAAAAUGAUUUCCAAAAUUCUGUGCAGAAAAAUUAUUCUAUGUCAAGCUCAUACGAACAACAACCAGGUCCUGCACCACCUUACAUGCCAAUCCAAGGCACCAGAAGAUCCAAUUCGAAUGAUGAACGCAAAAAAAGAUCUAAGGACAAAUGCACCCAUCAAUGAAAUGAUAUUUCAUUAAUUUUGUCUCGAAUACAAUAUUAAUAAUA